UUUCACCCAUUUUAAGUGUAUUCCAAGCAUGGCAGGAGUGAAUUAAAAGUAUAUAUUAUCAGGUGCCAGGCUGGAGUGUAUUGGGAUAGCGUAUUAGUGGUGAUAAAGGCGGAAAUAGCGAGUGUUGAUAAGGCGAGGAAGUAGCAGGCUAACCAUGAGGAUGUCGGAGGAGUUUGGCAAGGAGGGACCUAUUCGCGGCAUAUUCCUGGCAGAGUUUCACCACACGGCCGGGCCCAAGAUCGUCCACCAACACCCCGUAGGCUGCAUCAGUAAGGAGGUCUUCGAUGCAGUCUCCGUCUUCAUCAUCCCGAAACCGCAAGUCCUGAAGCGCAUCGUCACCGUCAACGUCCUCGGGGUGAAGAUAACGGGCUACCCCAAUGAGAUCCGCAGCCCCAACUAUAAACGCAACGCCCUCAUCUUCAACCUUGCCUUCGUCUGUGACUCGUCCGCGCGCACCGUCCAUUACGAGCCCGCCGUGAAGAAGCUGUCGGAGUACCUGGAGAAUUUGGAGUUAGAGGAUGGGUUCUUGUCGUCUGCGAGUGGCCGAGCGCGAGUUCCGGGUCUACUGCGACAGGUACUCGAUGACCUCAGCACAACCAGUCACUGCACCGUCACCAUCACACUGGGCGGCGGCGAGGGGGAGCGGCGGCCCAGCCAGUUCAGCCGCCACCACGGGAGCGACAGCAGCGGCGGCAGUGGCGGGGCACCUCACGAACGACGACUGAGCCUCUACAGUGACCAGCGGCCGUCCGAGGGGAGCUUUAGGGGGUUCAGGAAGUCGUCCGUCUCGGAGGCGAAGAGUCGGAGGCGCUCGGCGGAUAGCACAACAACGUCUGUGCUGCAUCUUAAGACGAUGCCCCUCCCGUCCCAGGUGGUGCGGCUGUGGCCCGACCCCCUGCAGGUAGAGGACCACCACGUCCCUGUGCUUAUAUCGGAGCGCGUGUACAGCCGGGGAGACCACUGGGACCUCACCACGCAGCAGGUCCUUCCCUAUAUCGACGGGUUCUCCCACGUGGCCAAGAUCGCUGCAGCUGCGGAUGUGGAUAACAAUUUAGUGAAGGCCUGCGUCGAGAACCUCCUCUACUACGAACAAGUGCGCCUGCUGCCGAUCUUUCAGUACUCCAAUGUUUACGUCGUCACCUCAGGCAUCCAGCGUCUUUACGUGGACCCGGAGCUGCAGGAGGAGUGCCGCAGGGCCAUCAACAAGCACUGUGCCUUCCGCCCCCAGCUAUGCCAAAUCCUGGAGCUAUAUAACAGUAUGACGUAUGGGGUCAGUGUGCGAGACCUCUGCAUACGCUACAACCCACAGGCGCUUAACAUUGACGAGCGGAGACUAGUCCAAUUCGGCCUCACCAACAACCUCAUUCGCCGCCUCCACCGCUACCCCAUACUGCUGCCCCCCGACGACCCCCACUACACCCCGGGCCGCCACAGCAACACCAUCCACGCCCUAUGCAGCGGACAGCACAAUUACGACGAGAUCUGUUGCCGCCUCGGACUCACGUUCAAGGAGCUUCAUGAGAUUGUGGAACGGGACCCCAAUAUCCGGGUGCUGUGGAAGUGAUGAUUGAAGAGACGUGGGUGACCAGGCUGCUGUGUGUGGUUUUGUGUCGGGUGCCGGGUGACAUGGGACCGCUGCCGAUGACAACCCUGGCACUGCGCACUCUGGAGACCAAGGAGGCGCCACACAGCUCCAGCAACUCCUGUGUGUGGGGGGAGGAUGUGCGUGAGUGCAUGAGGGGGUGAAAGAGGGAAGGUAGGAGAGGGGGAGGGUGUGUGUGAAAACGUAGAUGUAUGGGGUGAGUAAGUGGGGAAGAGAGGGAGGAAGUGAAGGAAAGCAUGUGUGUGGGGUGGAAAUAAUGCCUGUGUGUGGUGAGUGAAUGAGUGAAGGUGAGAGAGUGAGGAAGGGAGUGAAGGAAGUGAGGGAGGAAGAGGAUGAAAAGGUGUAUAUGAGUGAGGGAGGGACAGAGGGAGGAUGUGAAUGAAUGAGGGAGGGAGGGAAGGAAAGAGGGAGGGAGUGAAGGAGUGAAAGAGGGAGGAAAAGAGGGAAGGAAGGAGUGACUGAGGAAUGAAGGAGGGAGGAGGAGGAAGGAAAAGAGAGAAGGAAGGAAUGGGAAGGAGUGAAGUUCUUCUGUGAUAUUCAAACAGGUUAAGAUACAUGCCACUGAUAAAACAUAAAUUCAUCCUUCCCAUAAACAGUACAUAUAUAUUUUCUAACAUAUAUUUACACUGAGUAUGACAUGAAGGUAGUAGUUGCGUUGGUAUAGUGAAACAAGGCGAGUCCGUUGUUGAGUUGGCUUUUGUGGGUCCUUUCCUCCCCUCUGCUCUGCCACAUACCCCCAACACCUAUCUCUUCCCCUCAUAUGUUGGCUAUAGGUUACAUAUGAGAGGAAAUAAUAAGGCUGGUAUUUUAAGACACCUUCGCUUCUCACAUCAACAAUUUCUAAAGGUCAAAGAGUGGAUCAGUCACAUUCUAAUGAGUGUUUCCUUAGGUUCACGGUACAGAAGGGUCAGACUACCACCAGGCUCUUAAAACUACUACUGGAAAUGCCCAAAACUCCUAUGAAAGCCUUGUCAAAUAUGCGUUUCUUAGGUUCACGGUACAGAAGAAGGGUCAAACUACCACCAGGCUCUUAAAACUACUACUGGAAAUGCCCAAAACUCCUAUGAAAGCCUUGUCAAAUAUGCGUUUCUUAGGUUCACGGUACAGAAGAAGGGUCAAACUACCACCAGGCUCUUAAAACUACUCCUGGAAAUGCCCAAAACUCCUAUGAAAGCCUUGUCAAAUAUGCAUUUCUUAGGUUCACGGUACAGAAGAAGGGUCAAACUACCACCAGGCUCUUAAAACUACUACUGGAAAUGCCCAAAACUCCUAUGAAAGCCUUGUCAAAUAUGCAUUUCUUAGGUUCACGGUACAGAAGGGUCAAACUACCACCAGGCUCUUAAAACUACUACUGGAAAUGCCCAAAACUCCUAUGAAAGCCUUGUCAAAUAUGCGUUCUUGGGCGGUGAAAUGUCUUGUAAUACGACCCUAAGUGUUGGAACUGUGUAAGGACCAGUGGAAGCCAACGCCACAAUAGACUCGCCAAUCAGGUUUUACAAUAGCAAGGAAUUACAACGGAAAAAUACUGAUAAGAAACUGUGCAUAUUUAUCAUUGUCGAAUUACGAAAUAAACUUUUAUAUAUCA